CGCCCCUCUGUCCUCACAGCAGCCGAAGGGGCGGAGACGCUAGCAUUUAGCAUCGAUCUCAGGCUAACCACGGUGGGGGGGAAAACAACAACAAUUAAACGUUAGUGGCUUCUCCCAAAAGUUUAACGUAUCGUUGUGAUUAUUGUCAGGCGGCGGAGUUCAAGUGAUCCGGAAGCGUGUGGCAGCGGAACCUGCUGGUCCCCACGUCUACCUGCUGAGUAUGAGCCUGACUACAGAACCGCCUAGUGAUGGCCCAAGUGUUCCUGAAGAAAGUGAUGGAAAGGCCAUCGUUCUUGACUUCAACGCCAACACGAGUGCGAGUGGCUGCAAGGCGCCGACGACUGCAGAGAUCAAAACGGUGGCCGUGGAGAAGAAGGACAAGAAGGCGGAGGACGUAGCGGAGGAGGAGGAAGAGGAGGAGGAGUACGUGGUGGAAAAGGUCCUGAAUCGGCGGGUGGUGAAAGGGAGAGUGGAGUACCUCCUCAAGUGGAAAGGCUUCUCCAACGAAGACAACACGUGGGAGCCCGAGGACAACCUGGACUGUCCCGACCUCAUCGCCGAGUUCCUGCAGUCCCAGAAGUCUGCGCACGAAGGGAAGAGGAAGGCGGACGGAGACGGCGAGGAGAGCAAGUCGAAGAGGAAGAAAGAUGACACAGAGAAGUUGAGAGGCUUCGCCCGAGGUUUGGACCCGGAGAGAAUCAUCGGCGCCACGGACUCGACAGGAGAGCUCAUGUUCCUAAUGAAGUGGAAAAACUCUGACGAGGCGGACCUGGUGCCAGCGAAGGAGGCCAACGUGAAGUGUCCGCAGGUGGUCAUCUGUUUCUACGAGGAGCGGCUCACCUGGCACUCGUACCCCAGCGAAGACGAGAAAAAAGAUGAGAAAAACUAACAGAAAAAUGUUUUGAUCUUGGUUGUACUUUGGAUUCUGGGGGGGAUUAGUCAUGUGACCGCAUUGUGUUAGUGAGGGUGAAAUGUGUAAGUAAGCUCACGUCACUUUUGGUCCAACUUUUACUUUCACUAUCGUGCCAUCUUCUUCUUUUUACCUCCUUUUGCUUGCUCGUUGUGAUCUUCGGUGUGUUUUUCAUGUUUUCGCCGACAUUUUUGGACAAAAUAAACCACUUUUUGUUA